GCUAUUCAGUAACUAUACCCUGAUCCGUCGCAGAAAUAAUACCUAGUGGCGUACGUCAUUCACACCAGACGCACUACCACAAGAUUACCAACAGUAAUAAUGCUUUUCUACUCGUUUUUCAAGUCUCUGGUGGGCAAGGACGUAGUGGUGGAGCUCAAAAACGACCUGAGCAUCUGUGGAACACUUCAUUCAGUUGACCAGUACCUGAACAUUAAGCUCACAGACAUCAGUGUCACAGAUCCAGAGAAAUAUCCACAUAUGCUGUCUGUGAAAAACUGUUUCAUCCGUGGAUCUGUGGUCCGGUACGUUCAGCUACCUGCAGAUGAAGUGGACACUCAGUUACUGCAAGACGCUGCACGAAAAGAGGCAAUGCAGCAGAAGCAAUGAUUCACCUGGAGGAUGGGGUUUAAUACAGGGUGGGUGGGGUGGAAUUUUUGUGACUUGAUUAGUUUAAGUUUUUAGUUAAUUUCAUUUAAAGAUGAAAAUAAUUAAGCAGUAUUGGUCAUCAGCCCGUGCUCUUUCACAAGAAUGUAGUUGCAUUCCUGAUCAAUAUUUUACAAAGCUGUAAUAAUUAAAAAUGUUCUUUACCUCACAAGUCAUACAGGAGGCUUCUUUUGAUACGAUCUUUUGUUCAGUGUAAAAAAAAAAGAAAAAGUUUUGUGCCCAUUGGAGGUAAAGAUCUGUUGUAAUGUUUCUGUUGGAUAAUACCAGCACUGUUGCUUAUGUUUAAAAAAUAAUGAUUUGGGGAUUUUUUUUAAUGCCACUUCAAAAUAAAAAGCUAUUUUAUUUACAUUUUGACCAGGUUAUUGUCAUUGGUAGGCCUUUUUUGUAGUUUUUUCUGUGAAAGGUGGUAAAAGAUUUUAGUUUUGUUGAGUUAGAAUUAUUGGAGAAACCAAAUCCAUUUUAUUGCCAUGAGCUGUGAUCAUGGAAAAAAGUUAUUUUGUAAAUGACUGCAUUUGUUGGAAAUAAAGAGUAAAAUACAA